AUGUCACCUAAACGCGAGCGUAUCGAGGCCGAGGAUCGUGAGACGGGCCAGCAGAUACCGAUAUACGCUUCCGAAGUACCAUGGCUCAGCUUUGUUGCAAAUUCAUCCAAAUGCGACGUGGCCUGUGGCGAAAUGUCGGACGGAGAAACCAAAGCGGAACUCAUAAAGCAAGCUUGCAAGCUCAUAUACAUCCUGUAUCACAAUAUCCAAGAGCAAGCCCUACUUUCUUCGAUCCUCCAAUUCCUGAACAAGAGCGAAACUGAGACCAACGCCGACCUCACGCGUGCCGCGAAGUCCGCCCAGUCCGCUUGGAAGGCACAUAUCGUGAACAAAUUCUUGCUACCGCACGUCAAAGAAAUCAUCCGCAAGUGGCGCGUCGCACGUCCCUACGCUGGGUUCCAGUCACUACCGGCGAGCGACCGUGCCAAGGUAUGGUUUGAAGCGUACGAUGCCGAUCCGAAGGGCACGGUUGUGGCUAUGUGGAAGCCCGUCAUCAAGGUACUCGAUCUGGAGAGCACCUUUCGUACAGAUCUGAUUGCAGAGGAUAAUGCGAAGAUGAAAGCCGUGCGGCAGAUGUUGAGGCAUAAAUACUAUUUCGGGUGCGAGUGCGCAUACAAGUAUAGUGUCGCGGAUGAGAAGAAGAGCAAAAUCUUAGAGGACUGGGCAGCGUACGUCAAAUUCGGUGACUUUGCUUCCCGCAUCGUACCCUUUGCGAAUUUGCCGAUCUCGUCGGAGGCUCUGGCGCUUGGCUCAGCAGACAGACCACUCAAGAAGAUGAUAAAGCAUGAAGCCAUGGGCAAGGAAGACUUCGAAUGCCUUUCCGCAGGCUCCACGCUGGAUCCUUCAAGUGGCGCAACCACGGCCUCUGUCACCUCGGAUCAGACAGCAAGUGACCGUCAAAUCCUCGGAGGAAGCUACGAUACCCCAAAUAGCUGGUCGGCUUCUCGCAUUCCGUCCGUAGCCGCUCCAUCUGCAGCAUCCGAGAGUCACGAAUGGGUCACGGAGACCUCUGGAUUCUCCCAUGACCCGCUCGACCCGUCCUCAUAUGCUACAAUCGCUAUGAGCGAAGAGGCAAGAAGCAUCAGGGAGUUCUUUGGUAUCAAAGACGAUGGCUUGUUUGCUUCCGCUGUACACUCUGAAGCCGUUUCGUCUGCAGCAGUACGAAAGCCUGUGGUAGAUGAGGAACUGCUGUGA